AUGUCUUACGGCGGAUACAGCGGCGGCUCCGGUCGCGGUGGCUCCUAUGGCGGUGGUCGUGGCGGCUACGGCGGUGGCUCUAGCAGCUACGGCAACGGUGGUAGCAGUUAUGGUGGUGGCUCCUCAUACGGAGGUGGCAGUUCGUAUGGCAACGGAGGUGGCGGAUACGGUGGUGGAUACGGUGGUGGCUACGGCGGCGGCGACCGCAUGAGCAACCUCGGUAGCAACCUUGGCGCUGUCGACUGGAACUCUGUCAACCUCGUUCCCUUCGAGAAGAACUUUUACGUCGAGGACCCCCGUGUCUCCAACCGCUCUGACAGCGAGGUCCAACAGUACCGCGCCUCCAAGCAGAUGACCAUUCAAGGUCAGAACGUGCCCAAGCCCGUCACUUCGUUCGACGAGGCCGGCUUCCCCGAUUACAUUCUCUCCGAAAUUAAGAAGAUGGGCUUCAGCGAGCCCUCGGCCAUUCAGUCCCAGGCCUGGCCCAUGGCUCUCAGCGGUCGUGACCUUGUCGCCAUCGCUGAGACUGGUUCCGGUAAGACCAUUGGCUUUGCGCUCCCCGCCAUGGUUCACAUCAACGCUCAGCCGCUCCUCAAGCCUGGCGAUGGCCCCAUUGCCCUCAUUCUUGCUCCCACUCGUGAGCUUGCCAACCAGAUCCAGGUGGAGUGCAACCGCUUCGGUGGCUCCAGCCGCCUCCGAACCUGCGCCGUCUACGGUGGUGUCCCCAAGGGUCCUCAGAUCCGCGACCUCCAGCGUGGCGCCGAGAUCUGCAUCGCCACCCCUGGUCGUCUUAUCGACAUGGUGGACGCUGGCAAAACCAACCUUCGACGCGUCACCUACCUGGUCAUGGAUGAGGCUGACCGCAUGCUCGACAUGGGUUUCGAGCCACAGAUCCGCAAGAUUUUGCAGCAGAUCCGUCCCGACCGACAGACGCUCAUGUUUUCCGCCACCUGGCCCAAGGAGGUGCAACGUCUUGCGGGCGAUUUCCUCAACAACUACGCCCAGGUUAACAUCGGCUCCACCGAGCUUGCCGCCAACCACAACGUUAAGCAGAUCAUCGAGGUCUGCACCGAAUUCGAAAAGAAGGGCAAGCUCAUUGGUCACCUGGAGACCAUCUCGGCCGAGAACGGCAAGGUCAUCAUCUUUACUAGCACCAAGCGUGUUGCUGAUGACCUGACCAAGUUCCUUCGUCAGGACGGCUGGCCCGCCCUUGCCAUCCACGGUGACAAGCAGCAACAAGAACGUGAUUGGGUACUCGCCGAGUUCAAAUCGGGUCGCAGCCCCAUUAUGGUUGCUACCGCUGUAGCAUCUCGAGGUCUCGACGUCAAGGACAUUUCUUAUGUCAUCAACUACGACUUCCCUACUAACACUGAGGACUACGUCCACCAGAUUGGCCGUACCGGACGUGCCGGACGCACAGGUACGGCGUACACGUACUUUACGCCGGAGAACUCCAAGUCGGCGCGAGAGCUGAUUGGCAUCCUUCGCGAGGCCAAGCAAGAGAUCCCUCGUGAGAUUGAGGAGAUGGGUCGCUUCGGUGGCGGAGGCGGUGGACGUGGCUUCCGUGGCGGUCGCGGGCGCGGUCGCGGCCGUGGCGGCUACGGCGGUGGAGGACGCACGGGAGCCAACUCGUUUGCCGUGGGCAAUUCGAGGUGGUAA